CGAGGCAACAUUGGCACCUGAGCUGCACUUUGCUUUUCCCCCUCUCUACUUCUCCAUUUCGCUUCCUUAUGUUCCCUCUUUCUCUCUUCCGAUGCUUCAUUCACUCUCUUCAUUGAGAGCCACAGUGAACACAGAUCUUUAUUGACAGUACACGGUAGAACAUGGAAACAGCAGGUCAAUCCGUUUAGCCCAAGGGCCGAUACACCAAUUCACCAAUUUGUCAGUGUUAGUUUGAGAGAGAAAAGCAGCUAAUCUCUCCUCUCUGCUCUCUAUUGAUCACACACUUAGACUCCACUUCUCUGUCUAAACACUAUUGAUUCUCUCUCUCUCUCAAUCUCUUUCUCUCUCUCCCUCACUUUCUGUCUAGCUCUCUCCACAUACCACAGCUCUCAACACAUCUUCCCUCCAUACUCUCUGACCGUUUCUUACGUAAAGUCUGAAUAAUUGAGACUGUGUGUUCCUGUACAUGAAGCCCUGAGUUAGAUUUUAGAUGAAUGCUUGAGAAUAUUUUAGCAACAAAAUAAGACCAAUAACACCAACUGUGUAAACCAUUUUAGAGUUUGGGCCACAGGUGUCACAAAUCAUUGUUCCAUGCCGUAUACAUCGAAAAGCAUGGUGUCAUUAGAAAAAAUCUAUUACUUAGCAACCUCUUUCAAAGUGAAUAUAGACUAUGAUUAAAAUUCACUGCUGGGUACACUGUCUCCCUGGCUUUGUUUUUCAGUCUCACAUCACAGGGUGCACUUGAAAAGGACCACAUUCCUGUCAAGAUGAAGGCUAUGUAAAAAUUAGACAACUGAUUAUCUUAGGAGAGAUGUCCCCCCCACCAUUUUUACAUCAGGUCAAAUUGAACCAAGGAUCUCUAUUUGAUUGGAUUUAGCUUGUGGGGACCCCUGUCAUGAAACAUUUUAGUUGAUGGGUAUGAUUUGAUAGAGAAGUGAAUAUAUUGUAGAAGCAGAGAGAGAGAGAUAGGUGUAUAACACAAAACUGAAAUUCCUACAGCAUUUAUUAUAUCCACAUCUCUCAAUCUUAAUGCUAAAUUGAAGAAAUCUGAACAACUGUUACUCAGAUACGAAAAGCAGUUAAAGCACCCAUGGAGUUCACUAGCCUCCCUACAUGUCUCUUAUUUAUUAGACUUGUAUGCCCUCUACUGGUGAGAUUGACCCAUUACAAGCCUUUAGCUUUGCAGGUUACAAAACACAGACACAUGGCUUGUGUAACUCAAAAUCAGCUGUUUGGUAACCGGUAGAGGGUAGGUUCAGGACGUGUGGAUGACAGAGCCUUAAACGGUGUACUACACUAUUAGUAGGUAACUUUUAUAACAUUUUACUUAUAAUAUAUAUCGUCACCUUUCAUUUGAAGAUGCCUCCUUCAGCGGGUGGUGCUGAAGACAGUAAAACCUUGGUGAGAAAAUUGCUGAGAGAAGUGCUGGUGGGUCGAGAGGAUCCUGAGGGUUUCUUUGCGAUGUGUCUGUCCGUCCUGGGGCACCAGGAGACCCGUUCACAGUUCCCGUCCCUCAUCCGGCCCUUGUCCACGGCCAACUGCUCCAUGUACUCCACCCUCACCGGCAUCUACCAGGAAUAUUUCUCUGUGGUCAGUGAGUGUUUGUUGAACACUGAAGAUGAUGAACUGGAAGUUGCAUUGGCUCUCUCUGUACUGGAAAUGAAAGAUCACCAGAUGUCAGCCCCCAGCCAAGAGUCCCGACUUCAGCAGCCUAAAGACAGACCGAAUCAAAGCAGCUCUGUUCAACUGACCUCAGUAUCUCAGCCUCAGGGAAGCAGCCACACCCAAUUAGCAGAUGUAGCUGGCAGGAAAAAAAACUCCCACUCAGCACAAAGUGGACCCUGGGGCAUGGUGUGCCCACCACAGACAACCCGAGAGACUGAGCCUCAGAAAAGCACACAUGUUGACAAAUAUAAUAAAGGGACACCAGGGACAAGUCAAACUGAGUCUGUCUCCAAACCAUCUGCCUCAUUUUCCAAACAAGAGUUGGUUAUUGAAGGUGGCCAAAUGACAAAAGAGGGAGAUUUGAAUCAGUCGGGGAAACCAAAACGCUCUAAGAACAGGCGACAGCGGCGUAAAGCGGGCGGCCAGCAGGUUGUAGGUUUGCCCUGCUCUCCGUCAGCACCGCAACCAGUACUGCUGUGGUUUAGGAGGGAUUUGCGACUGUGCGACAAUCCUGCUCUCAUUGGCUCAUUGGAGGUUGGGGCACCUGUCAUACCUGUCUUCAUCUGGAGCCCUGAAGAAGAGGAGGGACCUGGGAUUACUGUGGCUGUGGGGGGAGCUUGUAAAUACUGGCUUCAUCAAGCUUUGUCUCAUUUCUGUUCGUCUCUGGAGUCCAUUGGCAGCCACCUCAUCUUCCUCAAGGCAGAUGGAGGUGGGGAUGGUGUGGGAUCUUCUCUGUGUACCCUUAAGGAGCUGAUAAAGAAGACUGGGGCGAGAACAGUCUUGGCCAAUGCGCUGUGUGAGCCCUGGCUGAAGGAGAGGGACGAUGUGGUGGUGUCAGAUCUGCAGAAAGAUGGUGUUGAAUGCAGGAUGUUCCAUUCUUACUGUCUCAGAGACCCUUACUCUGUCAGCACGGAGGGUGUGGGACUUAGAGGAAUAGGUUCAGUGUCUCACUUCAUGAGUUGCUGUAGACAGAACCCAGGAUCUGCCUUAGGGGUUCCUCUUGACUCUCCAGCAUCUCUCCCCACUCCCGCUCACUGGCCUCAGGGUGUCUCUCUGGACACUCUCGGGCUGGCACGCAUGCCCCGCAGGAAGGAUGGCACAACAAUUGACUGGGCAGCAAACAUUCGCAAGUCCUGGGAUUUCAGUGAAGAAGGAGCACAAGCACAGCUAGAGGCCUUUCUCCAUGAUGGUGUUUAUAGGUAUGAAAAAGAGUCAGGAAGGGCGGAUGCUCCGAACACCAGCUGUCUAUCUCCCUACCUUCACUUUGGUCAGCUCAGCCCACGCUGGCUAUUGUGGGAUGCCAAAGGGGCACGCUGUCGACCCCCAAAGUUCCAACGCAAACUGGCCUGGAGAGAUUUGGCCUAUUGGCAGCUAACACUGUUUCCUGACCUCCCCUGGGAAUCUCUCAGACCUCCAUACAAGGCUCUGCGGUGGAGCAGUGAUCGUGGCCACCUGAAAGCCUGGCAGCGUGGUCAAACAGGCUACCCUCUGGUGGAUGCAGCUAUGAGGCAGCUGUGGCUGACAGGCUGGAUGAACAACUACAUGAGACAUGUGGUGGCAUCUUUCCUCAUAGCAUACCUCCAUCUGCCCUGGCAGGAAGGCUACCGCUGGUUCCAGGACACCCUAGUGGAUGCAGAUGUUGCCAUAGAUGCUAUGAUGUGGCAGAAUGGGGGCAUGUGUGGUCUGGACCACUGGAACUUUGUCAUGCACCCUGUCGAUGCAGCAAUGACCUGUGACCCCUACGGCAGCUAUGUUAGGAAAUGGUGUCCUGAACUUGCGGAUCUGCCUGAUGAGCUUAUUCAUAAACCUUGGAAAUGUCCUGCAUCUAUGCUUCGACGUGCAGGUGUGGUGUUUGGCCAGACAUAUCCUGAUCGAAUAAUUACAGAUCUAGAGGAGCGACGGAGCCAGUCUCUGCAAGAUGUAGCUGUGGUGCGGAAAGAGUUUGGACAUUAUGUGGACAAGCGCACAGGCUGUGACUUGGUGCCUCUGCCCCCACGCCUUGUCUCAGAGGCCCUGGGCUUAUCACACAGCAAUGGUGGUGUGGUGGCAGAAGGGAAGCAGUUCCUGUUGCCUGUUAUCACCCGCAUGGAAUUCAAACACCAGCUAGAAGAUCCCGAUGCAGACGCUGCCUCAAAUCCCUACAGUGCUGUUCUAAAGGGGUAUGUGAGCCGCAAAAGGGAUGAGACCAUUGCCUUCCUUAACGAGAGAGACUUUACUGCCAGUGUGAUGUAUGAGGGAGCGCAGCGCAAGGAGAGGCUGGAAAAGGAUUAUCGCAGAAUGGAGGGACUCCCUCAGCCUGCAGCCCCUCGGGGCAGGGCCAGACGAACGCCAACAGCCAAGGACAGGUUCUCUAUAGUGCCUGGUGGGGCUGUCACUUCACUCAGGUGACCAGGACAUUAAGACUUUAAGUUUACAGGUAUUAAGAAACCAGUUACUGGGGGCGUCGUGUAGCUAAGCAGGCGCCCCAUGUGUAGAGGCUAUAGUCCUCGCUGCAGUUGGCCCCGGUUCGAAUCCCGCAUCGGACGGCCUUUCGCUGCAUGUCAUUCCCCCUCUCUGCCUCCCUGUUUCCUGUCUCUCUCCACUAUACUAUCAAAAUAAAUGCAUAAAAAGCCCCCCCAAAAAAAAAAACUUUAAGAAACCAGUUACUGGUCUUAAAAUGCAAAUGUAAAAAUAUUAUAGAAAAUAGGUUUUAAGUGCAAGACACUGAGAACGUUUGUGAGAGGGUUGCAAAAUGCUCUUAAAAUUUUGUACAUUGAGUUUUCAGUAUAAUCUCAGGUAAUGAGCAAUGAUAUUAUUCUUGCCUCUGUCAAAAACAUUGGUCCAAGUUGGUUAAUAUUUUGGUGCAGCUUCUUUUCUUGUAGGGCUACUUUUUAUCAUGGAAAUCUGAGGUGUUUCACGUAACUAUUCAUAUACUGUACAUUGUUAAGUGUGAGAACAAGGGGAGAAAGGAACAUGGGGAACAAUGUUUCUUACUAGAUCAUUCUUAAAAGAAUAUGCCUAUUUCACAGUUUGUAAGCUGAUGUAAACAGCAUCAGAAAAGCUGGGAUCUCAUGUGUGUGUCAAAAGUCUCCAGUUAAAUUGGAGGUGGUGUUGGUUUCCAAUCUUGUGUUCUGAAUUUUUUUUUAGCUACCUUUUUAUAUACAUUUGUAUGAGUUCUAACUUGAGGCAGGAAAUGUUGCCUAACAUUAAACAAGUAAAUACAAAGAAAAGCUUAAGUAAUGCAAAUUAACAAAUACAAAUAUUUUAUAUGAUGUGAUGCCCUGACACAGUGUCAAGAAUAUCACCUGUUCAUUA